AGGGGAUAGGGAACGGGCAGAGUGCUGCUGGAGGCUCGGGCGGCUGGCUGGAUGCUACAGCGCCCCCUGUCUGCUUUUCCCCGCUCUCCCGGCCGCCAGCCGCAAAUGGCUCUGGACUUGCGGGCUCCUUUGUGUGCAGCACACUCGAAGCAGCGGCGCACGCCGACUCCCCUUCUCUCCACCCUGCAGCCGGCAACGCGGGGCAGCCGUUCCCGAUCCCUGCCGCUUUUCGACUCCUCCCGGCAGCUUUUUCUUCUGAGGUGGGGAGCCAGGCAUUCGAAUUGAAUCCCGAAAUAAAGGAAAAGAGAAGAGGGGCUGGGAGCGGGUGGGGAAAAAAAGGAGCCAACUCCGCACGGGGAGGCAGCGCGCGAGAUCCAUGCCCCGCGCUUAGCCGAAUCGAGAGUGGCGGUGCAAACAGAACUUGAAGUUACCUGCCCUGCCGUGAGAGAAAGGGGGACGCUUCGGCUGGUUCUCUUGCAGCCAUCCGCAGAAGAGACUGGUGCUUUUUGGGAAGACUUUCCUCCCCUUCCUCCCCCCCCCCUUUUCUCUUUUACAAGCCGCACACUGAUGUGAGGCGGGGAAGGUGUUUCUUGUCGUCUCCUGAACUCGGGCACCUCCACCUUGUGGGCUCUUUUACCUGUUCCACUCCUCCCUACCCGCUUGAACGUAAACACAAAGAGGGGGCAAGCGUGGAGUUUGCUUGAUGUUUUAGUGCAAUGGACGUGAGAUUUUAUUCACCGCCUCCUCCUCCACCGCCGCCGCCUUCAUCCCAGUCUACAGCUGAUCCUCCUUGCCUGGGACCUUCUCCUUGCUUGGACCCCUACUACUGCAACAAGUUUGAUGGUGAGAAUAUGUAUAUGAGUAUGACAGAGCCGAGCCAGGAGUAUGUGCCAGUCAGCCAGUCUUUUCCUGGCCCAAGCCUUGAAAGUGAAGAUUUUAACAUACCUCCCAUCACGCCUCCUUCAUUACCUGAACAUUCACUGGUACAUUUGAAUGACACAGAAUCUGGUUAUCCUUCUUUGUGUCACCCAGUCAACCACAAUGGCCUGCUUUCUUUCCAUCCACAAAACAUGGAUCUACCUGAAAUCACUGUCUCCAAUAUGCUUGGACAAGAUGGGGCACUGCUUUCAAAUGCACUCUCUGUGCUGCAAGAUUUACGGAAUACAGAAGGAGCUCAAUAUAGGUCUCAUCCCCAGAUGUCAACCAUGAGACCAAGAGUUCAACCUGGAGAUAUUAGGCAGCCAGGAAUGAUGCAGCAUGGUCAGCUGACUACCAUUAACCAAUCACAACUAAGUGCUCAGCUUGGUUUGAAUAUGAGUGGAAACAAUGUUCCCCACAAUUCUCCAUCUCCUCCAGGAAGCAAGUCUGCAACUCCAUCACCAUCCAGUUCAGUUCAUGAAGAUGAAGGAGAUGAUACAUCUAAGGUCAAUGGUGGAGAAAAAAGGCCUGCUUCUGAUAUGGGGAAAAAACCCAAAACACCCAAGAAGAAGAAGAAGAAGGAUCCUAAUGAGCCACAGAAGCCUGUUUCUGCCUAUGCAUUAUUCUUCCGCGACACUCAAGCUGCCAUCAAAGGCCAAAACCCAAAUGCUACCUUUGGGGAAGUCUCCAAAAUUGUAGCUUCCAUGUGGGAUGGCUUGGGGGAAGAACAAAAACAGGUUUACAAAAAGAAAACUGAAGCUGCUAAGAAGGAAUAUCUGAAGCAGCUAGCCGCUUACAGGGCAAGCCUUGUAUCCAAGAGCUACAAUGAACCUGUGGAUGUUAAGGUAUCCCAACAACCUCAGAUAAUGAACGCAAAGCAGUCAGUAUUCCAUGGAUCUACACAGCCACACUCAGCACUGUAUCUAAGUUCCCAUUACCACCAGCAAGCAGGAAUGAAUCCUCACAUAACAGCCAUACACCCCAAUAUUCCUAGGAAUAUAGCACCUAAGCCCAACAACCAAAUGCCUGUGACUGUGUCCAUUGCAAGCAUGGCGGUGUCCCCACCCCCAUCCCUUCAGAUGAGCCCUCCUCUUCACCCGCAUCUCAGCAUACAACAACACCAGCCACUUACAAUGCAGCAGUCCCUUGGGAGCCAGCUACCGAUGCAGGUCCAGUCUGCUUUACAUUCGCCUACAAUGCAACAAGGUUUUACUCUCCAGCCUGACUACCAGAAUAUUAUCAACCCUACAUCUACAGCUGCGCAAGUUGUUACUCAAGCAAUGGAAUACGUUCGUUCAGGGUGUAGAAAUCCUCCAGCACAGGGCGUGGACUGGAAUAAUGAUUACUGCAGUAAUGGGGCCAUGCAGAGGGACAAAGCCUUGUACCUCACCUGAACAUGUUUGGGGAAAGCACCUUCCUUUCCACUGAGGAAUGCAGGGAAGUCUUCUCAUCAUGAUUGCUUUAUGCAGUCAAGGCAGUUCUGCAUUUAUUUAGAGAAUAUAAGUUGCUAAGCACUUAGGACUAUUUGAGCUGGUGGGUCAUUCACUCUGGGAAAAAGUUUAGUCUUGCUCCUUCUUCUGCCCCCUUCCUUCUUUUACUUUCUCCUCCAACAUUCUUUAAUGGAGAUUGCUUUUCUUCUUUCUUUAAGGAAGGAGGCUUGGACCAUUCAAAUUUUAUGUUGGUUUUUAUUUUUGCUGUGAAGUGCUGCGCUAGUAACUGCCUUAGCAACUGUAGAUGUCUUGGAUAAAAGUCCUGGAUUUUCCAUUGGUUUUCAUAAUGGGUGUUUAUAUGAAACUACUAAAGACUUUUUAAAUGGCUUGAUGUAGCAAUCAUAGCAAGUUUGUAAAUAGCAUCUAUGUUACACUCUCCUAGAGUAUAAAAUGUGAAUGUUUUUGUAGCUAACUGUAAUUUGAAACUGGCUCAUUCCAGUUUAUUGAUUUCACAAAGGGGGUUAAAUUGGCAAGCAUUCAUAUUUUUACUUCAUUUUUAAGCAACUGACCAAUAGUCUAUAUUUUCAAACUCUUUGAAGAAAAAAAGGAAAAAUAUUCCCAAAUGAGUUUAAUUAAGCAGAAAUUGGCUUUGUGUCAUUGAUUAUACAAAAAAUGUUAGCGUUGAGAAAAGAGCAAACAUGUUUAUUUUGUACUGCCUAAAACUGCUUUUUUAUCACUUUAUGUGUAACGGUUAGUAAAUGUCAUUUACGUCCUCUUAUGUAUAAAACUGCCAAAUGCUUUCUUGAUAUUUUAUUAGAUGCAGAAACAGAUUGGAAACAGCUAUAUUAUAACCUUUACAUAUGGCUAUGUAUUAUUGUUUCUUCAUACUGUGUCUGUAUUUAAUCUUUUUUUUAUGGAAGCUGUUGCGCCUAUUUAUGAAUUAAUAAAUAUAGGUGUUUGUAAGUAAAUUUGUUAGCAUCUUAAAAAUAAUUUUUUUAAAAAAACUAAUUUUGUUGGCAUCAAUGUAUUUGCUGCUGGUGUGAAUACUUUUAGUUUUUACCGUGAUAUGAAUAAAGUCAAAUCAGCUUUUUUUCCCCCUUGGAGAAAAAAAAAUACUCUGUAGUUCAUAUGUUGAUCUGAGACCAAAAGAGAAAAAGGUACUUCCCUGUUUCUCUAGUCAUGCAAGAAGAAGCUGUUCAAGUAAAACAUUAUUUAGUCCCCAAUAUGGUGACUAAAUAAGGAUGCCCAGAUUAUAAUCCAAAGUCUGAUGUAUACAAGGACAUUCCUAUACUUUUAUGUGCUUUCUGAACAUGCUAUGUUACAUGCACACAUAAUUCCCCUGCUUUUAGAGGGAAACCCACUGCACAAGUACAGUUCUAGAUAAUGUGCUGGGUACUAGAAUGUGGCCACAAUUUGGAAAUGGAUGUCUUUGGUGGUCAAAGAACGUAUCCCCUAAAAAACAAUGGGGAAUUAAAAUAGAGAAAGAAAACCAAAAUUUGAAGUUACCAAAAAUGCUUCAGUUAUGAAGUCAAAGGAUCUGCGUGAUGAUUUUUUUUAGUAGGAAUUAGUAGAAACGAGGCAGUUUCAGUGCCUCCUAAGUAACUACAAGCUGAAGAAUAGAAUAGUGAUUGAGAGAGACCAAAACUAAAUAUUAAAUAAUUGGUAAUUAAAUACAACCAAUGCUGGUAUCAAGGUUCUCAGAAUACACCUUUCUACAAAUGAAAGAACAAUCAUCUGAGUCCCAAUAAUUUCAGAUUCUUCCAUCUGUUUCUUGAACAGGCAUGGUGAUGGGAUUAACCUAUGAAUGUCCCAAUGAAUGUUGAUUAACAACAGUCUAGUUUUGGACUUUAGUCAUCCCUCUAUCCAAGGCAAAUAAGCAUCAGACAAUAUCUUAGGCAACUUACAUCUCCAUUUUCUUAGCCUGCUUGCCCUAGGCAAUGAGUACAGUCAGGCAAGCCAUCUUUCUAUGUUUGAGGACGAUUAUAGCAGUAGGUUUCUUGUCUUAACUUUGCUUUCUGUCGCAAAGUCUCAGAACUGUUGUACUGAUCUCAUUGAUAAUCAGUUGGCCUCUAUUUCACAUGAGAAAUAGAGACAUUUUGUUAAUCCAAUCCCAAAAUAUUGUAAAAUGCCUAAAAUUACAGUACGUUUGUUUUACAAUGAAAUUAGGCAAUGUACAACCUUGAAUCACUUGAGCAUGUAAUAACUAAUAAAUAACACAGAUCAGAUGUAAUUACUCAAAUGGUCGUAGCUGCAUUCUAAUUUUCUUGUCUUGAAUCCAUAGGAAAUCAUAAUUGCAUUCAUAAUGUACUGUCUUUCGGUUCCAUAAUUUAUAAACAUGCCAGCACUAACAAUUAGAUAAUGUUCUCUGUUUUGUUAAGGUAAAACUUCAUUUCCCACUCAAACUAAUUCUAUUAAAAAAGGAGUCAACAAGUGAUCAUGGGAAUCAUUUUGACAGAAUUUGGUGCAAGAGUAUUAUACCAUCAUGAUUGUUUCUAGAGCGGGUAUGCUAACAUGGUUUUUCAGUAGGCAACCCAGGUUCAAACUAGAAGCAAAUAUUAAUGUCAAUAAAAUGCAUCAUAAAUAAA